UCUCGAUCGAACGCCGCCGUCGCCGCACCCGCUGCCCGCUCCUUGCCGCUCUCGCUUUCUUACGUGGAAUCCGCAGUUUAUGUCCGCCAAGCGAACCUGGACAUUCAACAAGAAAUACGCCACCUUGACCUCUGCUCACUAAGUUCAAUCACUCCGCUUCAAUCAACCUCAACAACGGUGAAACAAACUUUUACAAACCUCGAUCCACCACCAUGUCCCUGCUUCGCCCCAAGCCGAUCCGACCCCACACCCUGGUCUACACUGUUCCUAGCCAGAAGUACGCUUGCGUGAAGUUAACCGACUUUGAAAAACCCAUCUCAAGCGUACGACACACUCAAGCGCUGAUUAUCGGGUGUGGCGCGGCCGGGUCGGCCGCCGCACUUCGCCUCGCCCGCGAAGGCGUCCGCGUGAUCAUGCUUGGCGCCGCCACGAACCCUGCCGACUGCAACAGCUACUGGGCCCAAGGCGGCAUCAUCUACAAGGCCAAGGACGACUCGCCCGACCUCCUCUCGGCAGAUAUCCACCGCGCCGGCGCGGGGGUGUGCCACGACCCUGCCGUACGCAAGGUGGCGACGGAAGGCCCGGCGUGCGUGGAAGACUUGCUCCUGGACGUGUCCAAGGUGCCGUUCGAGCGCCACGCCGAGACGGGCGAGCUCAAGCUGACCUUGGAAGCGUCACACAACCGCGCGCGCAUCCUGUUCAAGGCUGACCACACCGGUCAAGCGAUCACGACUGCCAUGCAAGCGGCGGUGAUGAGCCACCCAAACAUCGAGCUGUGCACGGGUCGCGUCGUAUACGACUUGGCCCUGAACGACCAGAACGAGUGCGUGGGUGCGCUGCUCGUGGAGCGCACGACGUCUGCCGUGGAGCUGAUCCAGGCGGACAUGACGCUCUUGGCGACGGGCGGCCUCGGCGACUUGUACGCGAACACGUCGAACCCGGACGGCGCGCGCGGCGAAGGCGUGGCGGUGGCUGCCCGUGCCGGCGCCAAGCUCAAGAACAUGCAGUAUGUGCAGUUCCACCCGACGACACUGUGUCUGCCCGGAGAGCGUCGGUUCUUGCUCACAGAGGCGCUGCGCGGCGAAGGUGCCAAGCUGCGCAACGGCCGCGGGCACUACUUUGCGCGCGACUACCACGUGGACGGCGAGCUGGCGCCGCGCGACGUGGUGGCGCGCAUGAUCCUGAGCGAGAUGGAGAAGGAGGGCGAGAGCUGCAUGUACUUGGACAUUUCGCACAUGCCAGCGGAGUGGCUCAAGGGCCGGUUCCCGACCAUUUAUCAGCACUGCUUGGCCCGCGGGAUCGACAUGACGAAGGACGCGAUGCCGGUCGUACCUGCCGCACACUACCACUGCGGCGGGGUGCAGGUGGACUUGUCGGGCAAGACGUCCGUGCCUCGGUUGUACGCGGCGGGCGAAGUGAGUUGCACGGGCAUGCACGGCGCCAACCGCCUCGCGUCGACGUCGUUGCUGGAGGCGUUGGUGUGGGGUUGCGCAGUCGCGACGGACUUUUUGUCGAAUGGUGCGGUGUCGUCGACGGAGGACGUGGUGCGCGUGCCGGCCGGCAGCGUGGCGUUGAGCGGUCGCACUCGCCGCGCGUGCCAGCCCGCUGACGAAGCCGCGGUGGUCACCAUUCUGUCGGAGCUGCAGCACGCCAUGUGGACGUAUGUGGGAGCGAAGCGGACGGCGGAAGGGAUGCUGCGAGGGAUCAAGCUCGUGAGCGCACUGGAAGCCAAGAUGGACUUGCUGAGCGAGACGGUCGAGGCAAGUACAUUGCGGAGGCGGCGCUGGCGAGUCCGAUCUCGGUCGGCACGCACUACGUCGUGA